CCCAGCCAGUUGUAUACUUGCAGCAUGCUCUGUUUGCAGACAGUGCCUCCUGGCUUGAGAAUUAUGCCAAUGGCAGCCUUGGAUUCCUUCUAGCAGAUGCAGGUUAUGAUGUAUGGAUGGGAAACAGUCAGGGCAACACUUGGUCAAGGAGACACAAAACACUCUCAGUGAAUGAAGAGGAAUUCUGGGCCUUUAGCUUUGAUGAAAUGGCCAAAUAUGAUCUCCCACGAAUAAUAGACUUCAUUGUAAACAAAACUGGUCAAGAGAAGUUGUAUUUCAUUGGACGUUCACUUGGUACUACAAUAGGCUUUAUUGCAUUUUCCACAAUGCCAGAGCUGGCUCAGAAAACAAGAAUGUAUUUUGCUUUAGCACCCAUAGCUACUGUUAAACAUGCAAAAAGCCCUGAGGCCAAAUUUUUGUUGCUGCCAGAUGUGAUGAUCAAGGGAUUGUUUGGUAAAAAAGAAUUUCUCUACCAGACCAGAUUUCUCAGACAAUUUGUUAUUUACCUUUGCGGCCAGGUGAUUAUUGAUCAGAUUUGUAGCAACAUCAUGUUACUCCUGGGAGGAUUUAACACAAACAACAUGAACAUGAGCCGAGCAAAUGUAUAUGUCACUCACACACCUGCUGGAACAUCUGUGCAAAAUAUACUGCACUGGAGCCAGGCACUGAAUUCUGGGGAACUUCAGGCAUUUGACUGGGGCAGUGAGACCAAGAAUCUGGAAAAAGGAAAUCAGCCAGCUCCUGUAAGGUACAAAGUUAGAGACAUGACGGUCCCUACAGCAAUGUGGACUGGGAGUCAGGACUGGCUUUCAAAUCCAGAAGACGUGAGAAUACUGCUCUCCGAGGUGACCAACAUCAUCUACCAUAAGAACAUUCCUGAAUGGGCUCACGUGGAUUUCAUAUGGGGUCUGGAUGCUUCUCACCGUAUGUCCAAUGAAAUAAUACAUCUGAUGAAGCAGGAAGAGACCAGUAUUUCCUAGGGAACUU